UCAACACCAUUUCAAUAACAAUGGCUCCCCCAAAUGAACCAACCUUGAACCCCAGCUACUCAUUUGAAAACGUUUUUGAUCUCUCUGAUGCAAAGUUUUACGUCAAAGGAUUCCCACUUCUCACUCAAGUCCCUCACAAUGUUUCUUUCACUCCAUUCUCUUCAAAAUCCCAUUCCUCUGAUGAUGCACCACCUUCACUACUUAACCGUGUUCUUGCUGCUUCUCACAGAGGUGGAUUCCUCGGAUUCUCACACUCUGAGCCCUCUGAUAGGUUGAUGAACUCCUUGGGAAGUUUCACUGAUAGAAACUUUCUAAGCAUAUUCAGGUUCAAGACAUGGUGGUCAACCCAGUGGGUUGGAACCUCUGGCUCUGAUCUUCAGAUGGAAACUCAAUGGGUUCUGCUUCAUGUUCCUGAGCUCAAUUCCUAUGUUGUCAUCAUUCCAAUCAUUGAAGCAAGUUUCAGGUCUGCACUUCACCCUGGCUCUGAUGGACACAUCAUGAUUUGUGCAGAGAGUGGUUCUACAAAAGUGAAAGCUUCAAGCUUUGAUGCAAUUGCUUACAUUCACUUUUCUGAGAAUCCUUACACUUUGAUGAAGGAGGCUUUCUCUGCUCUGAGGGUUCAUCUCAACACCUUUAAGCUCUUGGAGGAGAAGAAUCUUCCUUCCCUUGUUGACAAGUUUGGUUGGUGCACUUGGGAUGCUUUUUACUUAACCGUGCAACCAAUUGGUAUAUGGCAUGGUUUGAAGGAUUUCGCGGAUGCUGGCGUGUCGCCCAGGUUUCUUAUUAUUGAUGAUGGAUGGCAGAGUAUUAAUUUAGAUGGUGGUGAUCCUAAAGAGGAUGCAAAAAAUCUCAUUCUCUGUGGUGAUCAAAUGAAUGCAAGGCUUCAUAGGCUUGAUGAAUGUGGAAAGUUUAGAAGAUACAAAUCAGGACAAUUCUUGGGUCCUAAUCCUCCUCCUUUUGAUCCGAACAACGCGAAAUUGUUGAUCGGAAAGGGUAUUGAGCUUGAACAUUUGAACAGGGAUAAGGAAGCUGCAAAGAACACUCAAACCUCUGAAUUGGGUCUAAUUGAAUCCAAGAUUCAGACAGUGAAAGGAGAGAUUGAUGUUCUGUUUGGAGGUGCAGAACAAAUUGAAAAGAAAGAUUGUGGAAGCUCUUGUUCUUGUAAAGAAGAAGAAGAGUAUGGAAUGAAGGCUUUCACCAAAGAUUUAAGGACUAAGUUUAAAGGUUUGGAUAAUAUUUAUGUAUGGCAUGCACUUUGUGGUGCAUGGGGUGGUGUUAGACCAGGAGCCACACACCUUAAUUCCAAACUUGUCCCUUGCAAACUCUCACCAGGACUUGAUGGAACAAUGCAUGAUCUUGCUGUGGUUAGAAUCGUUGAAGGUUCCAUUGGUCUUGUUCAUCCUGAUCAUGCCAGUGACUUUUAUGAUUCCAUGCACUCUUAUCUUGCUCAAUCUGGUGUUACAGGAGUCAAAGUUGAUGUUAUUCAUUGUCUUGAAUAUGUGUCUGAUGAAUAUGGAGGCAGAGUUGAGCUUGCAAAGGCUUAUUAUGAUGGACUGACAAAUUCUAUGGCCAAGAAUUUCAAUGGAAGUGGACUCAUUGCUAGCAUGCAACAGUGCAAUGACUUUUUCUUCUUGGGAACAAAGCAAGUUUCCAUGGGAAGAGCUGGCGAUGAUUUUUGGUUCCAAGAUCCAAAUGGUGACCCUAUGGGAGUGUUCUGGCUUCAAGGGGUGCACAUGAUUCAUUGUUCAUACAACAGCUUAUGGAUGUCACAAAUGAUUCUACCAGAUUGGGACAUGUUUCAAUCAAACCAUGUUUGUGCCAAAUUCCAUGCAGCUUCUAGGGCCAUUUGUGGUGGUCCAAUCUAUUUGAGUGACCAUGUAGGUUCCCAUGACUUUGAUCUCAUUAAGAAGCUUGUUUUCCCUGAUGGCACCAUACCCAAGUGUAUACACUUCCUUCUUCCUACCAGAGACUGCCUCUUCAAAAACCCUCUCUUUGACCAUAAAACUGUCCUCAAAAUUUGGAACUUAAACAAGUAUGGAGGAGUUAUUGGUACUUUCAAUUGCCAAGGGGCUGGUUGGGAUCCUAAAGAGCACAGGUUAAGGGGUUAUCCUGAAUGUUACAAGCCAAUAAAUGGUUCAGUUCAUGUGAAUGAAGUUGAGUGGGAUCAGAAUGACAAAACUGCCCCCAUGGGUGAGGCAGAAGAGUAUGUAGUGUACCUUAACCAAGCUCAAGAACUUGCUUUGAUGAAUCCUAAUUCUGAACCAAUUGAGUUUACCAUCCAACCUUCCAGUUUUGAGCUCUAUAGCUUUGUGCCAAUAACAAAGGUAGGUGGCACUGGCAGCAUCAAAUUUGCACCAAUUGGACUAACAAAUAUGCUCAAUAAUGGAGGUGUAAUUCAAGAAGUGGAAUAUGUUGAGGGUGUUGCUAUGCUCAAGGUUAAGGGUGAUGGCCAAUUUUUGGCUUACUCAAGUGAACCUCCAAAGAAGUUCCAAGUGAAUGGUUCUGAUGUGGAUUUUGAGUGGCUUUCUAAUGGCAAAUUGAUGGUUAACCUUUUAUGGAUUCAAGAGGAUCAUGGUGUUUCUGAUUUAGCAAUCUUUUUUUAGUUUUUAUUAUAUAGGAUUGUGAA